AAGAUGUGACAUAUGCACUUGGAAAACACACUCACUCACACACCAAACUAUUACUUACUUACUUACUCUUCUAGGGUUUCAGAAAUGGCUUCGUCUUCUUCUUCUACCUUUAUCAUCGGUUUGAUCACCCUUUUGAUCCUUGUGUUUGGAAGUGCCAAUGCAACACUUUACACAAAUUUCUACUCUAGUUCUUGCCCAAAACUCCUUGACACUGUGAAAUGCGAAGUGGAAUCAGCCAUAUCAAAGGAGACCCGCAUGGGUGCUUCUCUCCUACGUUUGUUCUUCCACGAUUGCUUUGUCAAUGGGUGUGAUGGGUCGAUUCUACUGGAUGAUACAUCAAGCUUCACCGGAGAGAAGAACGCAGGUCCUAACAAGAACUCUGCUCGUGGAUUUGAAGUGAUCGACAAAAUCAAAUCAGCUGUGGAAAAAGUGUGCCCCGGUGUUGUUUCCUGUGCCGAUAUCCUUGCCAUUGCUGCCAGAGAUUCUGUUCAAAUCCUUGGUGGCCCAACUUGGAACGUGAAACUUGGAAGAAGAGACUCCAGAACAGCAAGCCAAUCUGCUGCCAACAAUGGCAUCCCACGACCCACUUCAAACCUCAACCAACUCAUCUCCAGAUUCAACUCUCUUGGACUUUCCUCCAAGGACUUGGUCGCACUAUCUGGGGGUCAUACAAUUGGACUAGCAAGGUGCACAACCUUUAGAGCUCGCAUCUACAACGAAACCAACAUAGAUAGCUCCUUUGCCCACAUGAGACAAUCUACAUGCCCUCGAAACUCAGGAUCAGGGGACAACAGCUUAGCACCCCUUGAUUUUGCCACUCCUACUUUCUUUGACAAUCACUACUUCAAGAACCUCAUUCAGAAGAAGGGUCUUCUCCAUUCCGAUCAACAACUCUUUAAUGGUGGUUCCACUGACUCCACUGUGCAAACCUACAGCACCAACCCAGCCUCCUUUUUCACUGAUUUCUCCGCUGCUAUGAUCAAGAUGGGAGACAUCAGUCCCCUCACCGGCUCCACCGGAGAAAUAAGGAAGAACUGCAGAAGGGUGAACUGAUUGAAUUUCUGAAGAGAUCUACAACACUACACAUAAAUAUAUGGAUAUACUCAUGAACCGUGACUUUUGGAUUUUAUGAUUUGAAAACAAUGCAGGUGUAAUAAGUUGUUAAGUAUGUGCUGCUGUCAUUUUUAUGUUGUGUGCUACCAAGUCUACCUGCAUUGCCUUAUUUCGUUAAUUUUGCUUCCGAGUGCUGAUGUUGAAGUUGAAGGCUUUUGAUGUACAAGUUCCUUCGUGACUUUUUCUAUUAAACUAUUGUUCCAUUCGGAUUUUGGGUUUUCUUUUGAUAAAA